AUGAGUUUCCACUUGAGCGCCUCUGAAGUCCGCAUCGAUGACAACCGUUACUUGGUUGCAGUCCUCAGGGACGAGGAUGGUAAUGAGAAUGAAUCCAGACUCGAUCUGGAUGAGUACCUAGGAAACAGCGAAGGUCGCUUUGAAUGGGGCGGAAACAACUUCUCCGAGAGUGCCCGGGACGUACACUUCGCUAUUGAGGGCGGUGGUGAAGUUCCAGUGCUGCGCGCGGAGCUUCAGAACUCCGAGGGCGAAUUCUUCCCCGCCGACGUCAACCUGUCCGAGCACAUCGAGAACAACAACGGCAACUUGAUUUACGAGUAG